AUCCCUCUCGAACCUUCUAGGGUUUUAUUAUCCCCUACAAGCAAUUAUCACUCAACACUAUCCUCAUUCCACACUCUCCAUUCCUCGGUUUCUCCACUGCAUUCUUCCUAAUACUCAGGGAAUGGCAUCAAUUCAGCUCACUGCUUCAACCAUCUCCGCCAAGGGAUUUGCUUCCUUUGAUGGGCUCAGGUCCACUAACACCGUAAAGGUUGCGUCUUUCGCUCCUCAUAGGCAGAGCGCAAACAGCCCCUUCCGGGGUCUCGUCGUCAGGGCCGCUACUACUGUUGCCCCUAAGUACACUACACUUAAGCCACUGGCAGAUAGAGUGUUGGUGAAGAUAAAGACUUCUGAAGAGAAGACAGUUGGGGGCAUACUACUUCCAACAACAGCACAAUCAAAACCCCAGGGUGGUGAGGUUGUUGCUGUGGGAGAGGGCCGAACAAUUGGAAAGACUAAGGUGGACGUCAGUCUGAAGACUGGAGCCCAGGUUGUAUACUCAAAAUAUGCUGGGACAGAGGUUGAGUUCGAUGGAACCAAUCAUCUCAUUUUGAAAGAGGAUGACAUUGUUGGUACUCUUGAAACAGAUGAUGUCAAGGACAUGAAACCCCUCAAUGACAGGGUUUUAAUAAAGGUUGCUGAGGCCGAAGAAAAAACUGCAGGAGGGUUGCUGCUUACUGAGGCUACCAAGGAGAAGCCUUCCAUUGGCACGGUUGUAGCUGUUGGACCUGGUCCUCUUGAUGAAGAAGGAAACAGGAAACCUUUACCAGUUAGUUCUGGAAACACCGUACUGUAUUCCAAGUAUGCUGGCAAUGAGUUUAAAGGCAGUGAUGGUUCUGAGUACAUUGCAUUGAGGGCAUCCGAUAUAAUGGCUGUGCUCUCAUAGUCGCCUUGCUGCAGAAUAUUUCUAUUUUUCCAAAAAAAAAAAUUGUAGUGUAUUUCGGCUCAGAAAACUGGAAAAUCGUGUUUGAGAAUAUUCCUUAGCAAAGUCUUAGUGAUACACUUGUGUCAACUGUAAUAGAAUUUCCUCUCUUCUUUUUGUUACAUGGAAACUAAGCAAUGGCAUAAGUGAAUCAUCACAC